AUGAUUCCUUCCAAGCGAACCCUCCAGGGCCUGGAGCAAUCCAAGAAAAAGCGAGUUUGCCGCCCUGCACCACUGAACCUCAAAUGCCCACCCAUGCCAACUCAUCUGGCCAAUGGCGAUAACCUGUCUCCCUUCCUGAUCGAGAAUGGUCAACCAUCGCCAAUUCCCGCCAAGCUGUUCAGCACCGUGGUGAAGAUCAACGAAGCCAACACCAAUGGACCAUCCACCACGCUCACCCCACUCGCCAAUGGCGAUGCUCUCUCUCCCCACCUGGUCCAAGAAAAUGGCCAGCCCUCGCCCAUCCCGCGCACCCUCUUCAACCAAUCUCUGAAUAUCAGCGAGCCAUCCGAGGCCGCUGCCCAGGGCCCAUUCCCUUUCUCCGGCACAGGCAACACCCAGCCAGCCGAGUUCAACCCCCGUCUCUCCACCCCCAACAAUGGGGCAUCGGGCAUGGUCAAUGUCAACUGGCCCUUGCCAUACACUCGCACCGUUGGCCCAGUCAACGAAGACGGCUACGCCGUAGUCACCCAAACAUGGUAUGACUACAGUGCGGUGACCGAAAGUACCGCGACGGACUCGGGAAGUCCUCGCUCCUUCCGAUUCACCCCUUGGUCCCUUCCUCCCCCCCGUGUCCGCACCCGUGUCCAGUACUUCGGCCGGCCUGAUGGCGCAGCCCGCCGGAAGCCUCGCUUCACCAUGGGGUUCCGCAGGGGCUGCCCUCAGUGCCGGCACCAGGUGCCUGGACACUCUAACCAUCUCAUCUUCCGUUGA